AUGCUCGCAGCCGUUCGAGGCGCUAAUAAGGACCACGACGAGGUAGUCUCGGCCUUUAAAGCCGACUGCAAGCAGUUUGGACAGGGAGAGCUACGCGCCAGAGUCUUCUACGAGAGACUAAGCACAUAUUUCGGCAGUGAGCUCAUGCUAGAGCACAUGUUGCCACAGUUAGCGAGACUUAUCCCGGACGACAAGAAGAGGAAGAAACUAGUUAAAGUUCACGUCAAGAGCAAGCGAGCAGGAGGCGUUACUGCCUUAAGCUCUGGUGUAGGCAGUAAAUCUUCCUCUCAUGCGCGACGACCAGUCUCCAGCUCUGGCGUGGCUCCCAUGAGACCGUCCGGGGACAGACGACCAUACUCCGCGUCUGAAUUAAUUCGACGUGAUAGUAUUGAAAGCGAUACGUCCAGUAAUACGAGCGGAGAGCUCGUUCCUGCGCCAUCUACAGCACCAGCGUCCAGACUGACUAUGAAUCGGUAUGCCGACAACCCCAAGUGCGCUAUCUGUAGCGAGGUUUUCGAGAUUAAACGACGGAGACAUCAUUGCCGCAAAUGUGGCGCGAGUGUGUGUCAUUCCUGCUCUCCCGCGAGGAUGUUGAUCUCACCCGACCAAGUAGCGCACGAGAGCAUGAAGAAAAAGUACGAUCCAGCUCACCCACAACGGGUCUGCACGAUUUGUGCGCCGAUUCUACAGUGUUUCCAGGACGGAUUGAACACUCAAUACGCCAAUUGUCAUAAGGAGAACCCACACGAGGCUAAAUCGCGCCUACACCUGCCCUUUAGUCGGUCACUGGAGAGCGCAUGUCGCUCUGCGGCUGACAUUCUAGGCAACUUCUUCCGCCCAGACUUUGGUGCAGAUAGCGACCGCUACAUUCCCGUAAACUUUCUCAAAAGGGCACAAGGCAUUGCCUUCCUCACCGUUAUCAAGGCAGGACUGCUUAUUACAGCCAAGAUGGGUACAGGUAUUGUGAUCGCCAAGCUUGACGAUGACUCGUGGUCUGCCCCGUCCGCUAUCGGCACGGCCGGUAUUGGAGGUGGUCUGGAAGGUGGAGGCGAACUCAUUGAGUUUAUGAUCAUCAUGGGCUCGAAGAACGCUGUCAAGGUGUUCCACCGUACCCAAGUAAACGUUGGGGGAGGCCUGAGUGUGGCGGUUGGUCCUUACGGACGCGAUGCAGUAGCACAGGCGGCUGCGAGUCGAGGUGGCUUCAACGCCAAUUACAGUUAUUCGCACAGUAGGGGCCUCUUUGCUGGCAUCUCGCUGCAUGGAGCUGUCAUCACGGCUCGAACUGAGAUGAACAGUAACUUUUACGGCCAGAAACUCACACCGGAGGAGAUUCUAAGUGGUGCAGUUCCACAUCCACGAGCUGCACAGUGUCUAUACGAUGCUAUCGAUCAGGCCAUGGAAGGAAUAGCACAAUUCGAAUCUUCAGGAGGAUCACAGAGAUGCGCAUCCGCAGCAACAGCACCUCCAGGACCUUGCAGCUCUUGCCGAUGCCAAGAGUUUAUCUCGAAAGCGUUCUCCAAAAAGUGUAAAACGUGCGCGCAUGUGCACAACACAGCAUAA